AUGAAAAAUUACUAAUUUAUAUUUGAAGUUGAGGAAGACUAGGAUCAUGGGAGGAUAGAAGAUCUAAAACCUGCAGAUGGAAUUUUCUUAUAAUAGAAAAAGCUUAAGCAACUAUUAAAAUCUUCAUAGCAUAAAAAUUGGUGUAAAUUUAAAGAAAAUGAAUCAUAAAUGAGAAAGAAGAAAAUAAGGAGGAACAGCAAAGGGAAAAAAUAAGUUCUUGAACUAGGCUUGCAUCUUAAAGGGUUGCUAGAAUAGAUUAUAAAUGAGUCGAUUUAAUAAGCUAACAAAGGGUUUGUCUUUAAGUAAUUACAAAAUUGCCAAGAGAUAAAAUCGGUAUUAGAUAAGAUGGAGAGGAUUCUAAUCGGAAUGAAAUCUCUACUCUUGUCGUAAAUGAUUAAUAGUUGGAAAGAGGAUUGA